AUGCCUCAGAAAGAUGUCGCCGCGUCCUAUAUCAAUUAUCUUCGGAACGCCUCAAAGCUUCGAUGUCCACACUGUGGAGAAGAGUUCCCUGAUAUUGAUGAGCGGAUACGAAAUCACCUGCAGUCACGUCAUCCAGAACUGGUACGAAAUGAUAAUAUCGCCCAGCUUGUUCAGGAUAUCAGAAAAGGAAGUGCCGAAGCAGUAAAAAGAACGUCAGCUGAUAAGCAACAACAACAACAAUUGCUGAGUUCUCAAGAUCCAGGAGGAGGUCGUGCAGGUCCAUCAGGGGAUAAGGACCAGGGAAAUGAUGUUAGCCCGCAUAAAAGGCGUAAAUCCCCUGACUCGUCGAUAAAGGGCCGCACCCAGUCUGCUAGCCCGCAUAGGCGAUCAAGAGCCCGGGCUGUAUCAACAAGUGCCAACGACCCUGAUUUUAGAAGGACAACACACCUUGGCAAGCUUUGGAGUCCCGACGACGUUCCUUCUUCAUCUUCUCCACGUCCAAACCAACUAUCCCACCAGACAAGGAAUAUAAGCCAGCCUAGAAAUCGGUCAGAUGCUGUCGAGGAUGAGAGUGAAUCUACUAGACUUAUCAAGCAACCGGAGACUCGACCUAUCAGUCAAGAGCAGUUGAUUGCUGAAGUCAAGGGCAUAUAUGCAGGUCUUGUUAUGGUCGAGUCUAAAUGCAUCGAAGUCGACAAUGCACAGCAAUCACAGAAUGAGACCCAGUUGAACAAUGAACAAUGGCAAGCAUUGAUAGCAUUGCAUAGAACGCUUCUUCACGAACAUCACGAUUUUUUCCUUGCGUCACAGCAUCCUUCUGCGAGCCAGGCACUGCGGCGGCUAGCAUCCAAAUACGCCAUGCCAGCCCGUAUGUGGAGACACGGUAUUCACUCCUUUCUUGAGUUACUAAGACAUCGGCUCCCACAUUCGCUGGAGCACAUGCUCACUUUCAUUUAUUUGGCUUAUUCUAUGAUGGCUCUACUAUACGAAACUGUGCCAGCUUUCGAAGACACGUGGAUAGAGUGCUUGGGGGAUCUGGGUCGUUAUAGAAUGGCUAUCGAGGACGACGAUAUACGAGAUAGAGAGGUCUGGACUUCUGUGUCCCGCCAUUGGUAUUCUAAAGCGUCCGAUAAAGCCCCUACUACUGGGAGGCUGUACCAUCAUCUUGCAAUCCUUGCGCGGCCUAACCCUCUCCAGCAGUUGUAUUAUUACACUAAGAGUCUCUGUGUGCCAAUUCCUUUCAGCUCUGCAAGGGAGUCGAUUAUGACCUUAUUCGAUCCCAUUCUCGAUCCAAACAGUAUUCAGCACUCUCGAUUAAGCGCAGUCGACGUAGCUUUUGUCAAAGCCCACGGGAUCCUAUUUAGCAACAAGCACACAGAUGAGUUUCUUUUUACGGUCGACAAGUUCAGCAGCAUGUUAGAUAAUCAGAUUGGCCGAACUACUCGAAAAUGGAUGGAGUCAGGGUACUAUAUUGCUAUAUCCGACUGCAAUGGUCUCUUAUCAUAUGGCCAAGAUAAUAACGUCAUUUUGAAAGCGAUACGCCCACAGCACCCGGAAGAUAUGACCGAGUCCGGUACGGGAGAAGAAAAUACCCCUCGCGAGUACAAACCAAGUAGAACGGAAGAGGGAGCUCUCAAACUCUUCGAUGUCACGUGUGAUGUUGUCUUACGCAGAUUUGGCGACUUUAACAUCCUACCGUUUCUUCACGUGGUUUUGGUUUUUAUAUUUCACCUUACGCACUACCCGAAUGCGCUGUUCUUCAUCGAAAAGACAGUCCCUUGGAAACUGGUUUCUCUUCAACUAAAUUCGCUGCUAUUAUCCUACCGUGAACAUCAUCGGAUUCACAGUGAGCAGUUCCCUCGGCAAGAUAAGGAACUUGCUCCUCGUCCGUUGCCGGAAGACUUUGCAAUGAAGGGUCUAGUUUGGGUAGAUAAAUACUUCCCGAACGAUUGGUUCUCCAACGACAAGAUAGACGACGAUGAAAAGUACUUCGAAGUCGCUUCCAUGACUGGGGAACGGAAAGAAAGAAUUAUAUGGCUUGGCUGUCGCAUUGCAAAAUUGGGCAAGUGGCUUACUUACGACGAAGCCUUACACAAGUUUGGUGUCGCAACCGAGUAUGACACAGAGAUAGAAAGCACUGCCAAGGAUACAGAUAUGCUGAACGUUUCCGAGACGUCUGAAACAGUUUCCCGUGCCUCUACGUCUGAUUCAACAACUACUAUGGGGAACACACCAUCUGAAAAAGACGAUGAAGAUAUGAUAGAUGUCGACAAGGUUCUAGAACACAAGCCCAUAAUUCGACAAUAA